UACUGUCGUAGUUGUUGUUACCGUUGGCUUACAGGCGAGUCAGAAAAUCAAUUAAGUUAUGAAAAAUACCAUUAAUUGCCUUUCUUUGUCACCGCAGCCCAUGAAGACAUGGCGGAUCUACAGAUGUCGGGUGUUUGAGGAAAUAUUCUUCUCGUCUAAUGAACAAUUUACCGCAGAUAAAAACCUUUCCCCUCGACUGGAAUAUUUACGGUAUCUAGUGGAUUCUGAAGAUGGUGUAGCUGCUGACACUCCUGGAAACCUUCCCUUAGACACAGACUUCCUUCUAGAACAAGACCUUGUGUUUGGUGAUGCAGACCACGACAGAAUUCUAGGCUUGGAAAAGUUUGCAGAAGUAGCUGCUGAGAUCGGUUUCUCCGUGUGUCCUCUGGGUGAUGAGGAGAGCUCUUCCUACAGCCAGCUCAGUAUGGAAAGUGAAACGGACAACUCGCGCAGCACAGCCGACAACAGGAGGGAAUGCCAGAGCCGAGGGACUCAAUCCGAGCCAAUGUUUCCUCCUUACCUUUCCUGUAGGGUCUGCGGACAGCUCCGCGACGAACCUCUCGGCCCAGGCAUGGACCUGGUUGGGCCUUACUGCCUUAGGUGUUGCAAAGCCUCCAGGGAGGCGAAAAGCUCAGACUUCUGCUCUCCUUUCGGGAGCGGCGGCGGGGUUCGCUCCGGUUUGCAGAUUCGUACGAAUUCCCAGCCUGAUUGCGAGGGCUUGGGGAACGGGGUGGGCGACAAGGAAGAACUGUCCGCCGAGGACAGACUGCUCAAGCAGCACUCGUGCCACCUCUGUGGCUUCUCCUCUCGCUAUGCCAACCACGUGAAGCGUCACAUGAAGACGCACAACGGGGAGAAGCCCUUCAACUGCCCUCUGUGCACUUACGCCUCAGCCCAGCUGGUGAACCUGCAGAGACACUUGCGCAUCCACACUGGGGAAAAACCCUACAAAUGUGAGACGUGCGCUUUCGCCUGCAGUUCCCUUGGAAACCUCAAGAGGCACCAGCGCAUGCAUGUGCCUAAUUUGCCCCAGAUGCACUCUGCAGGGGUGGGGCAGGACGCUCCACCUCAACCUGUGUGUGGCCACAACAGCCUGAAGAGACCUGGGAGUGAGCAAAGACCCAAUGAGGAAGUGACUGGUGCUUCAGUCUCUGAGGUUGCAAGGCCAACCUCUAACCUGAGUUUGGGGGCCCAGAACAGUGACUACCUGUCGGUCUUUGAUAACUUGAAGGGAGCAUCUCCUCCCCCCAUCCCUGCGUCCAACCCAGCUCCUGGCCACCAGCCUCCCUCUCUGCUGGAGAUGACCGGCAGCGGUAGCAGCAGGACUACUCGAGGGGCCGUGGCCGAAGGCGCAGCACUCCCGACUCCACUUUUCCCGUUUACCUGCCGGCUAUGCGGGGUCGUCCUGGAGGACGAGGACGGCUCCUCAGCCCAGAUUUGUGCCAAGUGUACCCUUGAAAUGCUGACCAAGGACUCCUCAUCGUCUCCGAACAGCCCCGGUGAGCGCAGUGACAAGGUCUACACCUGCGCCGCCUGCCCCUUCCUCACCCACUACCCCAACCACUUGGCGCGCCACAUGAAGACUCACAGCGGCGAGAAGCCGUACAAGUGCCCCCAGUGCGACUACGCCUCGGCGCACUUCGACAACCUCAAGCGCCACCACAGGGUGCACACGGGAGAAAAGCCCUACAAGUGUCAUCUGUGCGACUACGCCUGCGGGAACCUGGCCAACCUCAAGCGGCACCAGCGCGUCCACUCGGGCGCCAAGCCCUUCCAGUGCCCCGUGUGCAACUACAGCUGCAACCAGAGCAUGAACCUGAAGCGGCACAUGCUGCGGCACACCGGCGAGAAGCCGUACAAGUGUCAGGAGUGCGGCUACACCACCGGCCACUGGGACAACUACAAAAGACACCAGAAAAAACACGGCGUGGCCACUGACGGCUGGGUGAAAGUUCCCAUGAUCGGCACCGACGUGGAGGAGGACAGGAGGAAAGUGAUGGGAGGCGGCAUUCAGACUCACAGAAAAGAAGUCGGAGCCGAUAUGCAGUACAUGCCGCGGGAGGCCGGGGCUGGCUGUACACUCAAGCUGCAAACUUAAGGUUGCAUAAUUCCUAACACAGCAAAACUAAGCUACCAGCAACUUGUUUCGAUUGUUUUCACUGAGCCUUUUUAUGGAUUUAACGUGCGUCUAUCUCUCAGUGUCGCGUCGGAUCUCCUCCAUGGCUGCUAAUUGUUCAGUAAGUGGAAUCUGGCAGAGUUAGGAAUUCGUUUUUUCAAUUUUUUUUAAUGCCUUUUUGGUUUGAGUGUUUAUUUUCUACAGUGUUUUUUUUUUUUUUCAUUUUUUCAUGUCAGGGUAAAAAAGGGAACUCUGUGGAAGUCCUCUGUCUCACUGUGUAAUCAGAUACCGAUAUUUCACUCUCACACUACACGCAUGUUGUCAUUUGAACGAUGACGCGACCAAAUAUCGCCGUCCUUGUGGGACUCCUUCCCUUGUCUGCUCGAGCUGCCCUGACAAGUCAUUAAAACAUUUUUAAUGCACAAG